AUUAAUAGUUAAAAACUAAGAACUUCAGUUUCUCAAUGUACAUUUGCAAAUUUUAAUCUAUAGCUUUUGUGCGGUUUGUUAUAGCCUACUGUGACUAAUGUGAUUUUUUAAUGUAUAAAUAGGCAAAUUUUUAUAAGAUCAAAAACACUGCAUUAAGUUAAAAUAUGUUAACAGUUUUAGAGGGUGCUUUGCAUGUUGCACACUGCAGCAGUGUGAAAUAUCACAAUAUGGGUUACACUGUCAAUUAUUCAUUUGACUUUAUUGCUAUCGUUGAAAUGAAGAUUUAUUGAAUAUAAAAACUCUACAAGUGUAUGAUGUUUGUGAAGGCGGGGCAUGGCUUUGAAAGCGAGGGGAGAAGGGGGCGAGGUGCAGUAUGCAAACACGUCCAAGAGAGAGAUGGCAACGUCAACGCGCGUAAUGAUGAGCCCAUGGAACCGUCGGAUGUGAAAGCGCUUCUUCCUCCCGUUGGCGAUCGAACCCUAGGUUUACAUAUCUGAUCAUCUGACACUGAUCGGCGCAUCUCACUUCAAGAGACCAGGAACCGAAGCAGCAGCUAAGAAAAAAAUCAUUCAAGCGCUCUCCUUUCGGUCUACAGGAGGGACGAGAGGAGACUGACUGCGCUUCCCCGCAUCAUCCUCUUCCUCGCGCUGCCGAUUCCCCAUCACAAUGGCUCUGACCAUUUGCACCAGAUUCACCGACGAAUAUCAGCUUUUUGAGGAGCUCGGAAAGGGCGCCUUCUCUAUCGUGAGGCGAUGCGUGAAGAUAUCAUCCGGCCAAGAGUAUGCGGCCAAAAUCAUCAACACAAAGAAGCUGUCAGCCAGAGAUCACCAGAAGCUGGAGAGAGAGGCCCGGAUUUGCCGUCUCUUGAAACACCCGAAUAUUGUUCGACUCCAUGACAGCAUAUCGGAGGAGGGCUUCCAUUACCUAGUUUUUGAUCUGGUUACUGGAGGUGAGCUGUUUGAAGACAUUGUAGCAAGAGAGUACUACAGCGAGGCUGAUGCCAGUCACUGCAUUCAGCAGAUUUUGGAGAGCGUUCAUCACUGCCAUGUUAAUGGGAUCGUCCACAGGGAUCUGAAGCCUGAGAAUUUGCUGUUGGCCAGUAAGAUGAAGGGGGCAGCAGUUAAGCUUGCUGACUUUGGUUUGGCCAUAGAGGUCCAGGGUGACCAGCAGGCAUGGUUUGGUUUUGCUGGUACUCCAGGGUACCUGUCCCCAGAGGUCUUGAGGAAAGAUCCUUAUGGCAAACCGGUGGACAUGUGGGCCUGCGGUGUGAUUCUCUACAUUCUGCUGGUUGGAUAUCCACCAUUUUGGGAUGAAGACCAGCAUCGCCUCUAUCAGCAGAUUAAGGCUGGUGCAUAUGACUUUCCUUCUCCUGAGUGGGACACAGUGACCCCUGAAGCUAAAGAUCUGAUUAAUAAGAUGUUGACUAUCAAUCCUUCUAAGCGCAUCACAGCUACUGAAGCCCUCAAACACCCCUGGAUCUGCCAACGCUCCACUGUAGCCUCUAUGAUGCACAGACAGGAAACCGUGGAGUGCUUGAAGAAAUUCAAUGCCAGAAGGAAACUCAAGGGUGCAAUUUUGACCACUCUCCUGGUCACAAGAAACUUCUCAGCAGCCAAGAGCUUGUUGAACAAGAAGUCAGAUGGUGUGAAGGUUAACAACAAAACCAACCUAGCCAGCAGCCCCAAAGACACAGGCCCCGCCCCAGCACUGGAGCCACAAACUACCGUGAUCCACAACCCAGUGGACAGAAACAAGGAGUCUACAGAGAGUGCCAACACAACUAUCGAGGACGAGGAUCUUAAAGCCAGACGCUUUGGAAACCUCAGCAUUAAUUCAAUCUGGCAACCUGCGGGCGGCCCGCAAAACUCCGAGCCCAAGCAGGCGCCCAACUCCUCGGUGCAGACUUGCCAAGUUAUCAAUAAAGCUCGAAAGCAGGACAUCAUAAAGGUGACUGAACAGCUGAUUGAAUCCAUCAACAACGGAGACUUUGAGAGUUACGCAAAGAUUUGCGAUCCUGGUCUUACUUCCUUUGAGCCAGAAGCUUUGGGAAACCUGGUGGAGGGGCAUGACUUUCACAGGUUCUACUUUGAGAAUGCACUGUCCAAAGGUAAUAAACCUGUACACACUAUCCUACUGAACCCCCACGUGCACCUGAUUGGGGAGGAUGCAGCAUGUAUCGCAUACAUCCGCCUGACCCAGUACAUGGAUGGCAGUGGGAUACCACGCACCAUGCAGUCAGAGGAGACCCGCGUCUGGCACCGUCGAGAUGGCAAAUGGCUGAACAUACACUUCCAUCGCUCUGGAGCCCCCAGCGUGCCCAUCAAUUAAUGGAAUAUUAAGCUUCAAUUUUUCCCAACUGAGGAGAAACCAUCAGCAAAAACCCAACUGUCUGUCAGUCAAGCUGGAGGUGUGUCUUCUGAGCCACACCUGCUUUCCAACAACCACGCCCCUCUCCCCUCCCCCCUCGAGGGUCGUUUACAUGUUAUCGCACAUGGACCAGAUAAUUCAAACGUUUUGCUAAAGGUCAUCACCUACACCAAAACCUGUGGGCCAUUCGCAUAUAUGGACAUUAUUAAAAGGAGUGUAUUUUUAACAUUUUAUUUUCCGUUUCAUUUUUUUAAGCUGUUUUGGUAUGCAUUUUAAAUGUAUAGAUAUGUAAAGAGAAUCACCUUUCCCCAAGUCUGUACUGUAUUUUUAUGUCUAUUUAUGUGUGUGCAAUAUAUCAAAUUUUGAAAGAUAAGAAUGUUAAUAUUGAGCUUGCUAUUGUUCUGGUGAUGUACAUAUGUCGUGAUCGUUCAGAUAAAAAAAAAAGAUAAAAUAAAAAUCUUAAAAAAAAAAAAAAACUUUAAGAAACUUUUUAAAAAAUACGUACUUUUGAUUCUGGCUUACAGCAAAAUUAAAAAUUUUAGUAAAUGCUGUCAAAAAGCUUUGUUUAUAUUUGCUAGUUUACAAUGUUUGGCUCCUUAAAGAUUCUGAUUUACUUUAUUUGAUUUUAGAGAACUGCAGAAUACUAAUAUGGACUGUAUUGUUUACCUUUAUGUCAUAGAAUACGAGAAAAAAAAACGGAUAUCAAAGAGAAUGUAGCAUAUAUGAUACAUCAAAUAUUGACAAGCAUUGGGUAAUGCAUGGAGGACUAUUUUUUGAAUGACCAUGCUAUAAUUUGUUUCUUUUUGCUCUUGUUUAUGUUGUGUAAUUCAUGGUUUCCUUAUCAAAUUGUUUAUUUCUAUCAAUAUCAUAAGGAUCUGAUGUGGUAAUGAUAAUAGCGAUUAUCAUCAUUACGACCCAACAUAUCUAGAAGUAUCACCCUACUUUCAGAUCGAUGUAGCUUCAUUUUCCUAUAUUGAGUGGCUGUGAAAAUAUUAUCCUUUGACUUUAUAUCAUGGCUGUAUGAGAAAAAGAAAUAUAAGUAGCUUAUGAGAAACUACAUGUAUCAUUUUCACACAUAUUUGUGCUUUUUAUUUAUCCCGACAUUAUUUUCGCCCAUGGCAAGAAGAGCGAAAUUGAGCCGAGCCUGAUUUACAAGCAUGCACACUGCCCUAGUGGUGACUUAGUGUCUGUGCACCACUCAGUCAGAAGUUGAUGUCAUACAAGGUGAUGUCGGAAUGGAACGGUCUUCCUUGAGGAAAAACCUCACCACUACUGGACUAUGCCAACACCAUGCUUUCCGUUUUCCUUUUUCUCUUCUUAAAGACAUUUCCUCUGCUGAUACUUACAGAACCUCAAUGCCAAUAUGAGGAUGUGAACUACAUAAUUUGUUGCCAUGGUGGCGCUAGCAAAUCAACAUAUUUAAUGAAAAAUUCAAUAAAUGUGUGAUAUGUACUGUA